AAACAUGGAUGCACCGAUACUGUCAUCGCUAACAGUAACAACGAUGUUGGCAAAUGAAGCGAACAAGCUGCUGCUUUCUUCGCAGCAAGAAAAGCCCAAUCACUACACUUACCUGAAGGAGUUCCGCGUUGAGCAGUGCCAGUCGUUUUUGCAGCACAAGUGCAACCAGCAUCGCCCCUUCGUCUGCUUCAAUUGGCAUUUUCAAAACCAGCGUCGGCGUCGCCCAGUGCGAAAACGCGAUGGAACUUUCAACUACAGUGCGGAUAAUUAUUGCACAAAAUACGACGAAACUACUGGCAUUUGUCCUGAGGGCGAUGAAUGCCCCUUUUUACACCGCACUGCAGGAGAUACCGAAAGGCGUUACCACCUGCGCUACUAUAAGACAUGCAUGUGCGUCCACGACACCGACAGCCGAGGGUACUGCGUCAAGAAUGGACUACACUGCGCCUUUGCCCACGGAAUGCAGGACCAGCGCCCACCGGUCUACGACAUCAAAGAGCUGGAGACCCUGCAGAACGCCGAGAGCACCCUAGACAGCACCAAUGCUCUAAAUGCCCUGGACAAGGAGCGGAAUCUGAUGAACGAGGACCCUAAGUGGCAGGACACCAACUACGUGCUGGCAAACUACAAGACGGAGCCCUGCAAGCGCCCACCGCGCCUCUGCCGCCAGGGAUAUGCCUGUCCACAGUACCACAACAGCAAGGACAAGCGUCGUUCGCCCAGGAAGUAUAAGUACAGGUCCACACCUUGCCCUAAUGUCAAGCAUGGCGAGGAAUGGGGCGAGCCUGGCAACUGCGAGGCCGGCGACAACUGCCAGUACUGUCACACACGCACCGAACAGCAGUUCCAUCCGGAGAUCUACAAGUCGACCAAGUGCAACGACGUCCAGCAGGCCGGCUAUUGUCCGCGCAGCGUCUUCUGCGCCUUUGCCCAUGUGGAACUUUGCUCAGUAGCCGAGGGGAAUACGCGAGAUCAAGAAAUUUUGCUGAGCGAGCUUUUAUACAAUGCCUUGCCAGACCUAAACGCCCAGGACGUGUUUCAGAGGGGCGACAAUUUGUUGAACAUUGAUGGUAAUAGUACCAAUAAAAUGUUGGUAGAUGCUUUGGAAAACCCAACAAAUUCAAGCAAAUUUUUAAGUUUCUCACGACCCAUGGACAGUCGUUCUUGCUCACUGGACGAUCCGCGCGAGAACUCAUUGUCGGCGAGUCUGGCCAAUACUAGCUUAUUAACACGUUCCUCGGCGCCAAUUAACAUUCCUAAUACGACUCUAAGUAACUCAAUUAACGAUUUCAACUCAGGUGGCUUCACCGUCAACAUUCCCAGCAGCUCGCUCACCUACAGUCCCACCAACCAUGCCAAUCUCUUCAACGUGGACGCCUUCAACUACGGCGGCUCAAACAAGCUCAGUAAUUCCCUUUCGGCCACACAGAACGAAAGCAGUCUCUUCUUUCCGUCGCGCAUCAUAUCGCCCGGCUUUGGCGAUGGCUUGUCCAUUAGUCCUUCGGUCAGGAUAUCCGAAUUAAAUACUAUACGCGACGAUAUUAAUAGCAGCUCUGUGGGAAAUAGUCUGUUCGAGAAUACCUUGAAUACGGCUAAAAAUGCGUUCAGUCUGCAAUCGCUGCAGUCGCAGAAUAACAGCGACCUGGGCCGCAUCACCAACGAGCUGCUCACGAAGAAUGCUCAAAUCCACAAGUUAAACGGGCGCUACGAGGAUAUGGUUUGCAAGCUGAAGAUUGCUGAACUGCAUCGUGACAAGGCCAAGCAGGAGGCGCAGGAGUGGAAGGAGCGCUACGACCUGGCCCAGAUUCAGCUGAACUUGCCAGCAGAACUGAGGGACUUGUCCAUUCAGAAACUUAAGCAAUUGCAGUCAAAACUGCGCACUGACUUGGAGGAGGUCGACAAAGUAUUAUAUUUAGAGAACGCCAAGAAGUGCAUGAAGUGCGAAGAAAACAAUCGCACGGUAACUCUUGAACCGUGCAACCACUUGUCCAUCUGCAAUACGUGCGCUGGCUCGGUCACCGAGUGCCCCUACUGUCAGGUGCCGGUAAUAACCACCCACACCUAGAACAUGUUUUAUCAGCAACAGGACCACAAGUGGCCCUUUGGCUGAAAAUCGGACACAAAAGACGAUUUCGAUGGUAAUUGGAUGGAUUAUAGGGAUCAAGAGCGCGAACAACAUGACAAUGUGGUACUCACAAAGCAAACUUUAAUCAUAAGCAAAAAGUUAAAACUUUUGAUCGAUUAGGAGAUGCCACAUAAUUAUUAUUUUCACUCCACGCAAAUUAUGCAAAUUAUCGUCAUGAAUAUUAGCAAUUACUAGGCACAAACUAUUAAUUGAAUUAGAUAGCAGCUCUUAAUAAGUGUAUAAUUUUAUUUUUUUGUUUAUUUUUUCUGAAAGCAACUACAGGUACAUUCAAAAAUUUUUUAAAUUUUGAUAUUUUUUCUAUACGUGUUUGUAACUGAUUCUUUUUAUUUUGUUUGAUAUUUUGAGUGUUUUAGGCUUAUUUAUUUUUUUAUUUCUAACCAACUGCACGAAUUUGCAAUAUCUCUCAUUUACUUUUUUUUUAUCAACAUAUAUUAUUUGUGUAUCUUUAUAUUUGUAUUUAAAUAUGCUACACUUUCAGUCAUAUUGUACUUUUCACUAGUAUUACUUAAGAAAUUAUGAGAACUAAACCAUGUAAUUGGUUGAAAGAUAUGAUAAAUAUAUAAUAUAUUAAUUUUUCUAGACACUUUUAGCAAUUGACUAUUAACAAAUUUAUAGAAACCAACAAAUUGAACAAGUUAAUAAUCUUUAACAAUGUAUUGUCGCAUAGAAGAGCAGCAAACAACCACAAACAAACAAAAACCACCAGUGAUUUUAUAUAAGCCGAUUUUCAAACUGUAUUUUAUAUGUAUGUGUUUAAAACUUGUGAAAGCAAACUACAACUAAAAGCCAAGACAAGCGUCAUAAAAUAUAUAUAACUGACGUAUAAUAAAUCUUAGUCGGUACUAUGCUUUUUUUUCCAACUGCACAAAAGUAAUAAUAGAGUUCAAAUGUAACUAAAUGCGACUACGCUUUUCCUUAUAGAAAAGAUAAUUUUGUUUUAUGAAAACCAAGUUAAAUGUAUUAAGACACUUUGCUUUUACUUAGGCUUUGGUGGGUGCAGCGUCUGUAAACCAAUGCCAAUUACGAGUCACAAAAUUACAAACUUACGUAUAUACUCUAUUAUGUUAUUUUGUGAUUUAUAUAGUGCUUUAAGUACUUAUUUUGCAGCUGACUACAAUCUUCAUUUUAUUUUCAUAGUCUCAACUGGACGCUUCCAAUGUAGUAAAUGCAAAAAAGAAUCAUCAAUGUCAGAACGUAAUAUUUAAGAUAAAUGAAAUCAAGCAUUCGGCUCAUGGUACAAGAACGAAUAUGAAUAGAUAUAUAUUUAUGGAACAUUUGAACGCAGUUUCGAUGAGUGUGAUGUAGAAAGCAUAAACAAUAAAAGUAACUCAAUACAGCGAAAUGAACAAGAGUUUAAUGAAAAUGUUAACCAGAGUUAAUGUAAAACCGUCUUCAAAAACCAUUGUAUUAUUUUUGUGCAAAGAUAAAGUUGUCAAACGUAAUCAAUUGGUAGCUGUGGUCAAUGUUGAAGAAAUCUGAAACGUGUUGUUAGCUAGUUGAGUUAAAUUGAUAAAUUAUGUAAUCAAAACGGGACUGUUUUUGGGAAAGAAUUGAAAAUGCAACAGCAUUGGCAUUUAUUGGAAACAAAAACAACACUAUAAAGAUAUACAAAAGAAAAAAAAACUAUGAAAUAUAUUAUUACAAAGCUAACUAGGAAAGGCAGCGCAAAGGCUUUUAUCUCUGUGUGUGUUUGUACUGUGUUUUUGUAGAAGCCAAAUCAUCAAGAAAUACAAAUUAAUAAACAUAACAAUAAAGAAAAGUGUUAACUUGUAAAUGCUUUAAUAGUUUAUGACAAAAGUGUACACAAAAAAACAAAAAAAUCACGAAAACAAAUAAUGAAUAAAUUGGUUUUAUAAUGGAGCUGUUGAGUCGCAAAUCUAGCGUGCGUAAUACCACAAACUAAACUGCAUGCAUCUCUCUCAGAAUAUCCUCGACUCUCAUCGACCGGGCACAGUUAAACAUUUGCUAAUUUACUUUAUAAAUCUCUGCGAAUAUACAUGGGAGAUCUAUGGACUUACGGGUUUUCCAAUCUCAAUUCAAAACAACCAAUGCAAACCAAUUUUACAACAUGUCAAAAAAUCCAUUUCACGCCAUCUCAACUGUGAAGAAUCAAAGCAGAACCCAGAUCGAAAAGUAUAUGUACGUUACAUACAUAUAUAUUUAUAGAUGACACAUGUAUUUUGUAUACGCUACUGUAAGAGUGAUUUUUAUGUGAUUUUGAAACUACUUGAAUAUGUGAUCCAGAAAUAUAUAAAAAAACAAAAAAGAACAAAAAGAUAAAAAUAUUUAUAUAUAAAUGCAAGCUAGCGACAGCAAACAGCAAUAAAACAAAUCAAAUUGUAAACCAACUUGACUUUAUGUACAACAACAAGGAAAUAUGUUGUAAAGCUCCAGCUCCAUUUAGAAAACAAAAUACAAAGUGAAGAAUUUGAAGUUGAAAAAUAUGGACACACAUAGAAUACUUUAAAAAUUGUCUUAUACACUUAGACCGGAAAAAUGAAAUCAAUCGUAAUGAAAAGAGCAACUAAAUGUCUAAAAUAUCAAAUUGAAUUAGUAGCUAGCUUAUAGGGUUCCCAAACAUAAAUUUUAACUAAUGAAUCACAAUCGGGUAACAACAAAAAGAGCAAUUACUUCUACACAACUAGAACAAAGAACAAAUGUUUGCUACCAAUUGUUUCAACUAGUUAAUUCAUAAUAAAUUAACAAAUUAUAGAAAACGGAAACUAAAGGUUUAAAAUGAUUAGUUAACCACGAAUAGCAAGCAAAAAACAAAAAAUGACAACACUGAACACCGAACAGGAAUUUUAACGAUGAAAUCGCGGAGACCGAGCAAUAUGCAACCGAAAGUACUGUCUAGUAUUUUAAACUUGUCUACAACAAUUAUGAAAUAAAAAGAGAUUUAUGCAGUUUUGUGCGAUCCAAGCCCACACAGACACACACAAUAAGUGGAACACGAUAAACUAAGUGAAAUCAAUUUGAAUGAAAUUAUUUUUUUUCUAGAAUACUACAAAUGUGUGUCAAGACCUAAAUGAAAUAAGCAGAAUUUGAAACUUUUACUAGAAAUAAACGCUGAACUAGACUCGAAGAAAUUCGACAGCUCUUCAUAAGUUAACUUAAACCUAGCCUAGCCUUUAGGUAAUAUAACAAAUAUAUAUCCUUAACCAUAUAGUAUAUCUAUGAAAAUUUUACAAAUCAUUUGCGGUUCACGUCUUUACUAAAUCUCCCUUGCGCUAUGUUGAGUUUAAAUAACUUCUUUUUGUUUACCUCCAUUUAUAUGGCAUCCGACGAAUGAUUUUAAUACCGAUGCAAUGAUAUUGGUCAGAUGUCAUAAAGCUCUUGGCUUAUAAAGUUUCUUAUCGGGGAUUAAUCGUCAGGGAAACGGGGCCAUAGCAAUUUAUUUUUAUCACUUGCAGUAUAAAUUAAAGUACAUUCUCCUGGUAUUAUAAAACUUAAAGACCAAGAACAAUAUUUGCUUAAUGACGUUCAUACGUUUCCUUCAUUUUUAGUUUGUUCUUUUUGUAGUGACUCGCUUUAUUCCCUCGCCUCAGCAGGCAAAUGUUGUGUGUUAUUGCUAAAGUUAUUGACAAAAGUGAAUAAAUAUAUAUUUAGAGAGAGACAGGAUCAAUAAAUUUGUCUUGCAAUGUUUGACAAAUAAUCAAACUGUAAGAAUCGACAAAGCCACAAACAAUAGACUCCGACUCAAAAACACCCUUCCACAUUGUAGACAAUGCAACCUUUACAAAUGAAUUAUGUAACUAGUUAUGCCCACAGAGGAUAUGAAUACAAAUAUUUAUAUAUAUAACAUAUUACCUAUGAUAGCAUUAUCAAAAUAUUAUCAAGCAAAUUGUGUAGCAAUUUAGUUAUGUAUUUCGAAUCAAGAACAAAUGUUUGUCCAAGGCGACCAGAAAAGCAACAAAAGCAUCUGCCUCAAUCCGAAUAUACACACCUCUAUAUAUUUACGAACCUAAGUGUUGGCAAUAAUCGAGUGGACAGCAGGAGUUUCUAUAUAGGCAUUUGCUAAGGAGAGUUACUACUGUGUAAACUAUGCAAUUAACAAAUUGAUAAAUACAAAUUACUAUUUAAAAGAAUGAUUAAUAAAACCGUGUUUAAAGCAA